GGCCGGGAGCCCCGCGCAGCCCGCGCGCGCCCGAGCCGGCGUGCAGCCUGCUUCCCGCCCGCCAUGGCCCGCGCCACCCGGCUGCUGGCCGUCCUGGCCUCACUGCUCGCCGCCGCUGCUCCGAGCGGAGACACCCGGCCCAACAAAAUCGCCGUUGUUGGUGCCGGAAUCGGGGGCUCUGCCGUGGCCCAUUUCCUCCAGCAGCAUUUUGGGCCCCGAGUGCAGAUCGAUGUGUAUGAGAAGGGGACAGUGGGCGGCCGCCUGGCUACCAUCUCUGUCAACAAGCAGCACUACGAGAGCGGAGCGGCCUCCUUCCACUCCCUCAGCCUGCACACACAGAACUUCGUCAAGCUGCUGGGGCUGAGGCACCGGCGGGAGGUGGUGGGCAGGAGCGCCAUCUUCGGCGGGGAGCAGUUCGUGCUGGAGGAGACCGACUGGUACCUGCUGAACCUCUUCCGCCUCUGGUGGCACUACGGCAUCAGCUUCCUGCGGCUGCAGAUGUGGGUGGAGGAGGUCAUGGAGAAGUUCAUGAGGAUCUAUAAGUACCAGGCCCAUGGCUACGCCUUCUCGGGUGUGGAAGAGCUGCUCCACUCACUCGGGGAAUCCUUCGUCAACAUGACCCAGCGCUCCGUGGCCGAGUCCCUGCUCCAGGUGGGCGUCACGCAGCGCUUCAUCGAUGACGUGGUCUCGGCCGUCCUGCGGGCCAGCUACGGCCAAUCAGCAGCGAUGCCCGCCUUCGCCGGAGCCAUGUCUCUAGCCGGGGCCCAAGGCAGCCUGUGGUCUGUGGAAGGCGGCAACAAACUGGUUUGUUCCGGCCUGCUGAGGCUCACCAAAGCCAGGGUGAUCCAUGCCAGAGUGACCUCGGUGACCCUGCAGAGUUCCGAAGGGAAGGCCUCAUACCAGGUAGAAUAUGAGAGCGAGGAGGGCAGAGGCACCGACGUGUACGACAUCGUGGUCAUCGCCACCCCUCUGCCCCUGACCAACGGCAGCGACUCCCUGGCCUUCCACGGUUUCCACCCACCCCUGCGCAUUGCCCAGGGCCCAUUCCAGCCCACCGUCGUCUCCCUGGUCCACGGCUACCUCAACUCUUCCUACUUCGGUUUCCCCGACCCCAAGCUCUUCCCCUUCGCCAGCGUCCUGACCACAGACUUCCCCAACUUCUUCUGCGUGCUGGACAACAUCUGCCCGGUCAACGUGUCAGCCAGCUUCCGGCGCAAGCAGCCGCAGGAGGCCGCCGUCUGGCGCGUGCAGUCCCCCACGCCCCUGUCGCGGAGCCAGCUCAAGACCCUCUUCCGUUCCUAUUACUCGGUGCAGACAGCCGAGUGGCAGGCGCACCCCCGCUACGGUGCCUACCCGGCCCUCCCGCGCUUCCAGCUCCACGAUCAGCUCUUCUACCUCAACGCCCUGGAGUGGGCCGCCAGCUCUGUGGAGGUGAUGGCCGUCGCAGCCAAGAACGUAGCCCUGCUGGCCUUCAACCACUGGUACCAGGACCUGGACAAGAUUGACCAGAAGGACUUGAUGCACAAAGUCAAGACUGAGCUGUGAGGGCCUCUGAGAACCAGAUGCCUUUCCCUCCCUCGGGCGACUUGCCCACUCCAGCCACUG